CACAAUUUUUAAACUUUUGUUAAAAGAAAACAGACAAUAGUAAACAUUGCCAAGAAUGUGGAGAACAUAAGUCUCAUAAAUUGCUGAUGAGAAUAUAAAUAGUACAGGCACUCUGGAAAAUGGUUUGACAGUUUCUUUAAAAGUUGAACAUAAAUUUAUUUGCCCUAUCUAUUCCAAUUCUAGAUAUAGACCCAACAAAAAUGAAAACCUCUGUCAGCCAAAGACAUACAUUCACAUGUUCAAAGCAGUGUUAUGCAUAAUAGCCAAAAUGUGGAAAUAACCCAAAUGUCCAUCAGCUGGUGAAUGGAUAAACAAAAUGAAAUACUAUUCAGUAAUUAAAAGCAAUGAGCUGGGCCAAGAUGGCAGUGCAGGUGGUGCAGGCGGUGCAGGCAGUUCAUCUAGAGUCUGACACUUUCCUUGUUUGUCUCAACCAUGCUCUGAGCACAGAGAAGGAGGAGGUGAUGGGGCUGUGGAUAGGGGAGUUGAACGAUGAUACAAGGAGUGACUCCAAAUUUGCAUAUACUGGAACUGAAAUGCGCACAGUUGCUGAAAAGGUUGAUGCCGUCAGAAUUGUUCACAUUCAUUCUGUCAUCAUCUUACGACGUUCUGAUAAGAGGAAGGACCGAGUAGAAAUUUCUCCAGGGCAGCUGUCUGCAGCUUCAACAGAGGCAGAGAGGUUGGCUGAACUGACAGGCCACCCCAUGAGAGUUGUGGGCUGGUAUCAUUCCCACCCUCAUAUAACUGUUUGGCCUUCACAUGUUGAUGUUCGCACACAAGCCAUGUACCAGAUGAUGGAUCAAGGCUUUGUAGGACUUAUUUUUUCCUGUUUCAUAGAAGAUAAGAACACAAGGGCUGGCCGGGUACUCUACACUUGCUUCCAAUCCAUACAGGCCCAAAAGAGUUCAGAGUCCCUUCAUGGUCCACAAGACUUCUGGAGCUCCAGCCAGCACAUCUCCAUUGAGGGCCAGAAGGAAGAGGAAAGGUAUGAGAGAAUCGAAAUCCCAAUCCAUAUUGUACCUCAUGUCACUAUCGGGAAAGCGUGCCUUGAAUCAGCAGUAGAGCUGCCCAAGAUCCUGUGCCAGGAGGAGCAGGAUGCAUAUUGGAGGAUCCACAGCCUUACACAUCUGGACUCAGUUACCAAGAUCCAUAAUGGCUCAGUGUUUACCAAGAAUCUGUGCAGUCAGAUGUCGGCAGUCAGCGGGCCUCUUCUACAGUGGUUGGAGGACAGACUGGAGCAAAACCAACAGCAUUUGCAGGAAUUGCAACAAGAAAAGGAAGAGCUUAUGCAAGAACUUUCUUCUCUGGAAUAAAGCAGGAGACAAAAUGGAGAAAGAUGAAAAUAUCCAGUGUAAAGUUACUUAAGCUAAAUCAAUUUUGAAGAAGAAAAACUUGGAGGACUCACAUUACCUGACUUCAAGACUUACUAUAAAGCUGUAGUAAUCAAGAUAGAUGGUAUUGGCAGAGGAACAGACACGUAGAUCAAUGGAACAGAUGAGAGAACCCAGAAAUAAACCCAUAUAAAUAUGCUCAACUGAUUUUGAAAAAGUGCAAAAGCAAUUCAAUGAAGGAAGAAUAGCCUUUCUGACAAAUUAUGCUGGAGCGAUUAGACACCCAUAGCAAGGAGAAAAAAGAACCUCUACUUAAACCUCACAUCUUAUAUAAAAUU